AUGAAGAAUUCCAUGAAUUCAAGAGAAAGAUCAGUUGUUUAUGUGCUUGGCCUCUUUCCAUAUAACAUCAAAAUUUGGGUGGAUAAGAAAACUGGAUAUAAAUGCAUGAUGUUAUACCCAAGAUGGUUGGAUAUUACUUGGGGUGGUUCUCCUCCAUACUGGCUUUGGAACCGUUAUAAAGAAAUGAGUAAGGAAAACAUUGAGGUUAUUAAACUGGCAGCUCUGUGCUGGCUAAAUGUGAGAGGACAGUUUAAGAUGUCAGAGCUCUCUCCUGAGGUUGAUUAUGAAAUUGCAUACAUUAUUAAAAUAAAAAAUGGGGCAUCUGGAUGGAAACUUCCAGUUGCACCGGAAAUCAAAAAUCAAUCAAAAGAAAAAGUUCAGAAGAGAGCAGUUAGUCUACUAGAGAAGCCUAGAGGAGAUUGGAUAGAGCUUAAUGGUGGCAGUUUUCAAACAAAGAAAGGAGGAACAGAUGAUGUGCUGUUCAAUCCUUAUGAACAUGGUGGACAUUGGAAAAAGGGCUUAUCGUCAAAGUAUAAAAUGGCUGCUGCUUAA